CCCCGUCUCCGCAGGCCGAGUGGUGCGGCCCGCCUCCAGCUGACCGGCCUGGAAUCCCGGCUCGGAGCCCCGGACUCGCGCCCGCCCGCGCGCCCGCUCCCUCCCCCUCCCCCUGCCCUGAGCCCCCCGCCGCCGCCGCCGCCGCCGCCGCCUCCUCCGAGCGGGGCCCAGGCCCAGCCGCCGCCACCGCCGCUGCCGAGCUCCGCCGCCGCCGCCGCCGCCGGGCACCAUGGGAGACGCCGGGAGCGAGCGCAGCAAAGCGCCCAGCCUGCCGCCGCGCUGUCCCUGCGGCUUCUGGGGGUCCAGCAAGACUAUGAAUCUCUGUUCCAAAUGCUUUGCUGACUUUCAAAAGAAACAACCAGAUGAUGAUUCCGCUCCAAGUACAAGUAACAGCCAAUCAGAUUUGUUUCCUGAAGAGACCACCAGUGACAACAAUAAUACCUCGAUAACUACACCAACUCUUAGUCCCAACCAGCAGCCGCUUCCGACAGAACUGAAUGUACCUUCACCGAAUAAAGAGGAAUGUGGGCCAUGCACAGACACAGCUCAUGUCUCGUUAAUCACACCAACCAAAAGAUCCUGUGGUACAGAUUCACAAUCUGAGAAUGAGGCUUCACCAGUCAAACGGCCACGACUACUGGAGAACACUGAACGGUCUGAGGAAACCAGCCGGUCUAAACAGAAGAGUCGACGUCGAUGCUUCCAGUGCCAAACCAAACUGGAGCUGGUGCAGCAGGAGUUGGGAUCCUGUCGCUGUGGUUAUGUGUUCUGUAUGUUACAUCGCCUCCCCGAGCAACAUGACUGUACGUUCGACCACAUGGGCCGCGGCCGAGAGGAAGCCAUCAUGAAAAUGGUGAAACUGGACCGGAAAGUGGGGCGCUCCUGCCAGCGCAUCGGGGAGGGGUGCUCCUGAAGGCCUGGCGCGGCCGCCACGCGACGCUGUUCUUAGUUCACUAAUGUUAGCCUUAUGUAGGACAACGUCAGCCAGACACCUUGUACUGGGCACGCGGCAGACUGCAGCCAGUCCAUUUUCUUUCCUUAGCCAGCCAUCCUGGUACUGUAGUUUAGGGGUUGAUGGUGAAAUUGAUUUCUGGCUGGUUACUAAGGUGCCUGCUAGCCAUUGUAUAAAAUUAAAACAUGAAGAAUA